CCCCAGCUGUGUAACGAUACGAACGAUACCUCCUACCUCCACUCCACCUCCAUCAGCACCUCGGUCAUCCCCCCCUUCCUGCUUCACGACCUCCUCCUCCAUCGUAUCUGUCAUGGGCGACACCAAAGGCCAGGCGAAAGAGCAGUUCGCGCGUCUCCAACGCACGAUGCAACCGCGUCUCUCGUCGCUGCAGGAACGCCUCCAGGCCGUCCCCGACCGGAUCCAGAACAACCUGCCCGAGUCCCUCCAGAACCUCCCCGAGCGUCUCCCCAGGAGCUUUCCCCGAUCCUCUUCCUCGGAAAAGGAAGAUGAUCCUCCUCCGCCCGUUACCCCGCAAAUCAGCAGGGCCCCCGCUCUGCCGCUCUCUUACUCGAGUCCACCACCCCCCGCCGCCGUUGCCGCCGCCGAGCCCCUCUCAUCCCCGCAAUCGCAGAUCCCGAAGGCCCCCGCGGCCACCGAUCCAGCGUACAACCCCGAGCUCGCGUUCCUUGCCUCCAAAAUCCUCUACCGCUCCGGAACGGACCCUGUCUCGGGCGGCCCACUGUUGAUCCUGUGCGCGGCUGCGUUCCCGGACGCGAACCACGUCGACUACACCGUGCUGCUACCCUACGUCCUCGCGAACCUCCCCGGAGAUGACGAACUCAGCACCGGCACCGGGUACUCGGUCGUGUUUUUCGCGGCGGGCGGAGAGAGGAAGGCCGUGCCGGGUGCUACCCCCUCGUGGAAGUGGACCCUGCAGGCGUAUACUCUGGUGGGUGUCAUUCGGGAGAUUGCUGGGACCCUCGUCGAGGACCGGAGAAGGGACGUUGCUGAUAGCAACGGACAGCUGGGGAGGGCGGUUAGGAAACAGAUCCGCAGGCUUUGGAUCGUGCAUGAGAGGAAUUGGAUCCGGACGAUUUUUGAGCUUAUGGCUGGUGUCGUGUCGGCUAAGUUCAAGAAGAAGGUUGUUCACGUGAAUAAUUUAUCCGAGCUUGCUUUACACAUCGAUAUCACGACGAUCAACAUCCCGCCCGCCGUCUACAUCGUCGACCGCAAACUCGGCUAUGAUGUUGUGCUUCCCGGGUUCCCCAAGGCGCCCGUGUUUGGAUACCGGCCAUUUCCUGCCGUGAACCCUCAGCGCAUGAGCGACAAUAUUUGCUUACCGAUGGUCCUCAUCGACACGUCGAACUACAUUCGCCGACGCUGCUUGAAGGUGGAAGGACUCUUUCGGGUACCGCCGUCGCAAGCCGUUCUCGAGGUCGCCCGCGACUGCUAUGACCGUCACACCCAACUACCCUGGGAAGAAUGGGGGCCACAUACGGCGGCAGGACUGAUCAAGUUGUACUAUCGCACCCUACCGGAACCCAUGAUCCCACAGGAAUGCUAUGAGCAGAUGCACUCGCUGGUAGCCAUGGAAUCCGAUCCGGAGAGGAUGGUGCCUGAACACGAGUUGGCGGAAGUGCGCUUCGAAGUUGUGCACGCGCUGCUCACCACGGAGGCCACCACGCUCCCGUCACAUUCGCGUAUCCUGUUUCUACGCCAUCUCCUCCCGCUCCUUGCCGACAUCGCAGCCCACCGGGCCGACAACAAGAUGGACCCCACCAAUCUUGCCGUCUGCGUCGCGGCCUCGAUGGCGCGCUCAAACGACAUGAUCGCGGACGCCAAAGCCUCGGCAGGCAUCCGCAAAUUCAUCGAGAUCGGCAUCCAGCGCAUCGACGAGCUAGCGCCGAAGCAGCCCGUCCGAAGGGCUGCGCCAUAUCUAGAGAAGCGUCGCAGUCAGACGCUCGACAUGGCGGGCCUCAACCUUACCGUCGAUCCCCCCACAUACUACACGCGGCAGGUCUUGAUGCGUAAGAAAGUUCCCAGCCCUACCAGUCCGCGUCAGAGACCGGCCUCGAUGGGGUCCAGCGUAUGCGAUAGUCCCGUGAUGGAGUCGCCGCUGGAAAAUGCACUCUCCCGUAUACUCCCGCCACCCUCGCCGAAGCCGGAGGAGAUGAGACGUGGAAGUGCACCGUAUGGACCGAGGCCGGCCCCGGUGUCGGGCGUCAAGACGGAGCGAUCGGCUAGCUAUGAUUCAGUAAGCCCUUUGACUCCUAUCCUUCCGCCGGUGGUGCAGCCGAAACCGGUGCAGUACCAGAGCAAUCCUAUACAGCGCAAGCCGGUACAAUCGCAGGACGCCGCCUUCAGUCCUGUACCGCUGCCGGUGGCGCGGAAAGACGUACCUGUGCCCCGGCAACAGGCCGUGCCUGCACCACUCGUGCCGCGGAAACAGCUACAGCUCGAUACCGCACAGCCGGUAGCACGGAAGCAGCAGCAACCAACACCCGGUUCCAUCUCACCCAGUCUCUACCAAGCGUACCAGCCACCCGCUGUCCUAGCCAAACCCGGGCUUCUCCCACAAGCCCAUGCGCUCCUCGCCAAACCCGAAUGGGUUCCCAAACUUCCCCCGCGCCCGCCCUCAACCACCCCCGACCUCCCCCCGCGGCCCGCAGUCAGCCCCAUCUCCCGGCCCGUAUCCACGCUCCCAUCCGCACGCAUCCCAUCCACCACCCCCACCCCCCGCCCAAAGAGCGAAUACUUCGCCUACCACUCCCCAAUCCCCUCCAUCCCCUCCAUCCCCUCCGUCCCCGUAGCACCCCUCGCAGCCCCACCCGCAAACCCCAGAAAACUCUCGAUCCCCGCAACAUUCCUGCAGCCGCCGGCAACGUCGGCAAUGCUCGCAACGCCGGGACAGUUCGUUGCGCGCCCGCUGCUGAGGCGCGCUGCGAGCGCGAACUUUGGUGCUGUUGGGAGAGGUCGUGUGGGGGAUGGGGAGUACCGGCCCCAAACCGUUAGGCGCGCGAGGAGUCAGCUCGAUCUGGAUGUAGGCGCGGGCGCGGUGGGCGAGUUGAGGGCGCUUUUUGAGGCGAGGGCGGGGAUGGAGAGGGAUAAGGAGAGGAGGGUGGAGAGGAGGGUUAGCAGUAGUGAUUUUUCGGGGAGGGGAGGGGAGGGGAGGGGAGGACUCUAGAGGAGAGGAGAAUUGGACUGGAAUGGGAGGAGAGUUGUGCUUUUGGAUUUGGACUGGAGGAGGAUUGUGCUUUUUUGGUUUGGAUCGGAUUGGUUUGGUUUGGACGUUUGGCUUUGGUUUGGAGUCUAUAUUUCGUUUUCGUUUC